CUUUACAUAUUGUAAGUGAAGGAAAGUGAAAAGCGUUAACAAAUCGGUUGACAAUUAAUUUAUUUGUCAAAAACGUAAUACUUCAGAUUAUGAUAUAAUACAAUUAAUGUCAAAAUGUCUCAGGAUAUCAGAUCAUUCUUUUCAAAAGCUUCUAAUAAACGUAGCUCAAACAAUGACUCAGAAAAAUCUAAAGAUACAAAGAAAAGAUCAGCAGUUCUUUCUAGUGAUGAAGAAGUUUUUGUCGGAACUCCUCCGGCUAAGAAGAAAAAGCCACAGAAAAAAAGCAGAAUUCUUGAUGACUCAGACACAGAAGAUAAUCAUGAAACGAAAAAAUCAAAAUCAAGUCAUGAAUCAAAAAAUAAAAAAAGUAAAACUCCUGUCAAAGCUGCAGAUAUUUUUGGAAAAGAACCAGUUAAGAGAAUUGAGAAUAAAAUUAAAACGAAGCCUAAACCUAGUAUAGAUUUAGCAGAUAUUCAUGAUGAUGAGGCUUUUCUUGAAACCUUAGACAAAGUAGAAGAAUUAGAAGCACUCGAUAAUAAAAAAGCGACUAGUUCCAAAACCAAAACACCAGUCAAAAAUAACAAUGGUAAGAAAGAUAAAACCCCAAGUAAAGAAACUAAAACUCCAGUGAAAGAAAAUAUUAAGAAAGAUAAAACCCCAAUUAAAGAUAAUAAAACUCCAGUAAAAGAAAAUAAAACAAGCAAAAAUCAAACACCAUCUAAACAAGCAUUGCAAAAGAGAGUGCUUGAAGAAAAAAAAUCUAAUAAAGAUGAAAUAAUAAGAAAAUCCAAAAGCCCUGCAAAACCUGAUUCUAAAGAAGAGGAUAGAUCUAAACCAUCUUCCACAAAAAAAAGAAAAGUUGAUGAUAGCAUGAAUGAUAGUUUUGCAGGUCAUGAUGCCAGUUUUAAUGAUAGUGUUAGUGAAAUUGAUCCUGAUCAAGAACGGUUUGAGAAGCGACGUCAAUCAGCUGCUUUGUAUCAAAAAUUUUUAAAAAGGUCUGGUCCAAAAAAUCCUGGAGGCAAAGAAAUUCCCCAAGGCAAACCGGGAUGCCUAUCUGGAUUGGUUUUUGUUAUAACAGGAGUUUUAGAUUCAUUAGAAAGAGAUGAAGCUGCCCAAAUUAUAAAAGACUUGGGAGGUAGAGUUCCCAGUGCAAUCUCUGGAAAGGUUACACAUCUUGUAUUAGGGGAAGAUGCUGGACCAGCAAAAGUUGCAAAAGCUGAAAGCAUGAAAAUAAAAAUCAUCAAUGAAGAUGGGUUGUUAGAUUUAAUUCGUGAGAAAUCUGGUAUACCACUUAAGAAGGAACCAGAGAUCAACAAAGUAGAAAAAACUAGUGACAAAAAAAUUAAAUUGGAAAAUUCAAAGGAGAAUGAAAUUAAAAGAGAGAAAGACAAAUCAAAAGAUUCUGUUAAAGAUAGUCAUAGUAAAUUGAAAUUUGGCAAUUUGGGUAAAAUUAAACAAGAAAAAUGCUCGCCUGAAAAAUAUAAAAAGAACAAAGGUGAAGAAUCAACUAGUAUUAAGAAAGAAAAUAGCAUAAAAUUAGAGACAACAAUAAAAGAAGAGAAAAGUACUCGUACAUUAGAUGAACAUCAUCAUAAUAUAAAUAGUAUUGAAAAUUUAGCUUGGGUUGAUAAAUACAAACCUACUUCAUGCAAACAAAUUAUUGGGCAGCAGGGCCCAGCAAGCAACUGUGCAAAACUUAUGAAUUGGUUGUCAAAAUGGUAUACAAAUCAUGAUGGCAAAACGAAACUGACAAAACCAAGUCCUUGGGCUAAAAAUGAUGAUGGUGCUUAUUUUAAAGCUGCAUUGUUAUCUGGAUCUCCUGGUGUUGGUAAAACUACUACUGCUACGUUAGUGUGCAAAGAACUUGGCUUUGAUGUAGUUGAAUUUAAUGCUUCAGAUACCCGAAGUAAAAAGUUGCUAAAGGAUCAAAUAUCUGAACUAUUAUCAAAUAAGAGUUUGUUUGGAUUUGUUAAUGGGGCAAGUAAAGGAACUAGUAAAAAACAUGUUUUAAUUAUGGAUGAAGUAGAUGGCAUGGCUGGCAAUGAGGACAGAGGCGGGCUUCAAGAAUUAAUAGGUCUAAUAAAGAAUUCAUCAGUUCCAGUGAUAUGCAUGUGUAAUGAUCGUAAUCAUCAGAAAAUGAGGACGCUUGUCAAUUAUUGUUAUGAUUUACGAUUUAAUAAACCUAGAAUGGAACAAAUUAGGGGAGCCAUGAUGUCUGUUUGUUUCAAAGAAGGAAUCAAAAUAAACUCUGAUGCUCUUACUGAAAUAAUAAUGGGGGCGAAUCAAGAUAUUCGACAAAUAUUGAAUCAUUUAUCAAUGUGGUCUUCUAAUGAUAAAAACAUCACAACUAGCACUGCAAGUAAAGAAGCAGCCUCUGCAAAAAAGGACAUUAAAAUUGGACCUUGGGAAGUUUUAAGAAAAAUAUUUUCUAAAGAAGAACAUAAGAAAAUGACCAUCCAUGACAAAAGUGAUUUGUUUUUCCAAGAUUAUAGUUUAAUUCCACUAUUUGUGCAGCAGAAUUAUUUAAUUGUCUCUCCAAGCUGUCCAAAAGAUGAAGUUUUGAAGAGAGUUGCUCUGACUGCUGAUAGUUUGAGCUUGGGAGAUCUAGUUGAGAAAAAUAUAAGAUCCAACAUGGCCUGGAGUCUCUUACCUACGCAGGCAAUGUUCAGUUCGGUACUACCUGGAGAGUAUAUGAGUGGCCAUGUGGCAGGACAAAUUAAUUUUCCUGCAUGGCUUGGAAAAAACUCCAAACGUAAUAAACUGAUGAGAAUGUCUGCUGAAGUUCACUCACAUAUAAGAUCUCGAACAACAGCUUCCAAGAAUUCUGUUCGCUUGGAUUAUGCUAAACCAUUACUUGAAUCAAUCACCAGGCCUCUUAUGAGUAAUGGUAUGGCUGGUGUGCCUGAUGCUCUUAAUGCAUUAAAAGAGUACCAUUUGUUAAGAGAAGACAUUGAAAAUUUGCAAGAGUUUAAUAAUUGGCCAGGAUCAAAAGACCCAAUGUCAAACGUUGAUGGCAAAGUAAAAGCAGCAUUAACAAGGGCCUUCAAUAAAGAGUUGGCUACCUUUUCACACAGUACUAGCAAGAAGAAAAAUAUUGAAUCUGAUGAAAAUAUUCUGCUUCCGAAUGAGGAAGAACAAGAUCAAUUAGUUGAGAGUGAAGAGGAUAAUGAUGAUGUUGAGAACGAUGCGCUCAUUAAAGCUAAAAAGAAAACAACUGCAAAGGCUUCUGCAACUGCAGCAGCAUCAACUUCAAAAGGAUCAUCUCGUGGAAGAGGACGUGGUAGAGGAAAGUAA